AUGGCGAGUCCUGAAGCGAUCAAGAACCAAUUUGCGAUAUGGGAACGACUGAUGCAUUCGAAUGUGAAAGCGCACACCGCUUUGAGGAGUUUGAAUCAAUUCCCUCGAGGGCAAGAAGGCCAAAAAUUGUUGGAACAGCUGGAACCCGAAGUUCGAGACAAAUAUAUGCAGGGUAAAAGAUUUUUUAUAUGUUUUGAAACAUUGUAUGACAUUUAACACUCAAUUUUGCACUUAAUUUUUGAAAUUUUUGAGUCCCACCACGAAAACUUGAAAUCUUGGCAUUGUGUUGCAAGUCAAAUUUUGCUUUGUAAAUGCCUUAAAAAGGCUUUAGAAUGAGUCAAGAAGUAAUAAUUCGUAUUUUAGUCCGCAAAAACACCUUCAAAUUGCUGGAAAUUUUCCAAAACAUCGAAGCGAAGCUGACGGAAAAGUCGAAAAAAGUGGAGAAGAGAGAGGAAGAUGACGAUGAAAUCGUCAGCUCUGACUCGGAAGCUGACGCCGAAGACACGAAUGAGGAUUUGGAUGAGGAAUUGGAAGAAGAGGAGGAAGAAGAAGACAAAAAAAUAGAGGAAAAGAGGUAAAAAUUGAGAUUUUUUCCAAAUUUCCCAACUUUUUUAGCAAAAAGUCGGUAAAAAUGAACAAAAGCUCCCUUGCAUCGAUGGAAAAUGCGGUCCAAAAGCAAGCCAAGGCCUUUGCCAAGAGCCGAGAUGCGGUUUUGGAGAAGUGGUUCGAGCGAACGAGGCUGGCCGUGUCGAAAAAGCACACCAGUGACAACUUUGACUCACUGGAAACGUCGGCUGUGCGACAAAUUGAUAAGGUAAGGGAAUUUGAGAAAUUUUUGGGAUUUUUUGGGGGAAAUUGUUGAUGAAAGAUGCAAGUGGGCAUUUUUGAGAGGAUUUUUGCGGGAUUUUGAGUGAUUUUUUUGCGGAAAAAAUUGCAUUUUUUGAGUGAAUUUUUUUUUUUUUUUUUUUUUUUUUUUUUUUUUUUGAAAAAUGAAUUUUUGGAUUAAAAUUAAGUUUUAUAGGUAAAAUACGAGCGGGAUUUUAGCUCUAAUUUUUUAAGAUUUUUUAAAAAUUUCACUUUAUUUUAGCUAAAAAGUUCAGAAAAAAAAAAUUUUUUUCGCGAUUUUUUGGCUUGAAAAGGUUGAGAUCUGGCUUGAAAUGCAAUACAGACCGAUUUUUUCGACAAAAAAAAAAUAGAAAAAAGUUAUAAAUAAAAAAAAAAAUUUUUCGAUUUUUUUGACUUAAAAUUUUUUUUGCUGUCAGAUUAUAAUAUAAAGUGAAUUUUCAGAUCCUCUCCGACCGCGCCCGACUAAUUCGCCGAACCCAGUUGAAAAGAGUGAACGCUGAUCGAAUUGCGGGCCCCUCGGAACAGACCCAUGACCCAGAAAUCUUUGAUGACGACGAUUUUUAUCAAACUUUGCUCAAAGAAUUCAUCGAUCAGAAGUCCUCACAGACCUUGGACCCCAUCCAAAUUAGUCGGUAAGAAUUUUUGGAGGUUCUUUUUUGGAAUUUUUUGCCUAAAGUAAUAUAAUUUUUUUUGUAUUUAAAACAAUUUUUUUGAUUAAUUAGUAUCUAAAAUUACUCGUUGUUAGAUAUAAAAUGAUUUUUGUUGUCCAAUAAGGCCAGAAAUUGCCAAAAAAAUAUUUUUUUACUGAUGUCUUGGCCUAAAAUGGCGCACAGUGCAAAAAGGUGCAUAAAUAAGCGAAGGUAAACAUUUCGAAUUCCUAAAUGCCCUCAGGGUAUUCGCAACACCCUAUUUUUGAGUGGAGGAGGGCCCGAUCCCGUGGAUUUGUUGAUACGAAUGUUAUAUGAGACGCCGAUGUUAUACAUGAGAGAUCAUUUUUUAUCUCAAGUUUUGGUGGGACAAACAGUUUUUGAAGAUGUUUUGGGGUAAAAUACGGGACAUUGACGGCAUAUUAAAUUUUUUUAAAGGCUUGAGUGAAAAUUUGAAACUGAAAAAUGACGGGUUUUGGAGAAAAUUUUACUUGUAAUAGGGGACCUGAUCCAGUGGCAAAAAAACUUACCGUUUUGCAUCCGGGAAGUAUCAAAAACGCAGCAAAAUACCUCACUCUCCAACUAAAAAACUCCAAUUUGAAAAGCGCGCCACUUCUUUUUGUGAGGAAAAGGGCGGCUCUUCAAAAUGGAGUUUUUUAGUUGGAGAGGAGGUAUUUUACUGCGUUUUUGAUACUUCCCGGAUGCAAAAAGGUAUGUUUUUUGCCACUAGAUCAGGUCCGCUACUGCAGGCAAAUUUUUCUUCGAAACCCUUCAUUUUUCAGUUUCAAAUUUCUACCCAAGCCUUUAAAAAAUUUACAUAUGCUCUCAAUGUCGCGUAUUUUACCCCAAGACAUCUCCAAAAAUUGUUUGUCCCCAAAAACUUGAGAUAAAAAAUGAUCUCUCAUGUAUAACAUCGGCUGAUCAUAUAACAUUCGUAUCAACAAAUCCACGGGACCGGGCCCACCUCCACAAAAAAAUAGGGUGUUGCGAAAAUAUUGCUUCGUUUUUGAUCUUUUCCGGAUGAGAAACGGUACGUUUUUUGCCACUGGAUCUGGUCCGUCACUAUAAUUUCGCUAAUUAUUAGGUAAUAAUUAGCGAUUUUUUGAUGAAAAUUUGGGGUUAGAGGGGAAAUACGAUUUUUUCUAUGCAUUUAUUAAAAAGAUGCAUGUGUUUUACACCGUAUUUUACGUUUUUUUUUAAUUUUGAAAUUUUGAAAAAAAAUUUUUUUAUUUUUUUAAAAUUUUUUUGCCUUCAGUCAAUGGCUGGAGGUCCAAAAGCUCCGCCAACAGCGAACCAAGAAACGACAGGUGGAUAAACGCGCCACCAAGGGUCGCAAAAUCCGUUAUGUUCCGAUCCCAAAACUGUCCAAUUUUGUCCCCGCCGAACCCGAAAAAGUGGAAUGGACGCACGAAAAACGCAACGAACUCUUCAAAUCCAUUUUUAGAUAUUGA